AUGACCGCCAUUUCAAGGAUCCAGGACCUUUCCUUCAAGACAUCCAUCUACGGCAUCGAAGAACGAAUCGUUCUCGAUAUCGGGUCCUGCUACCUCAAGUGUGGCUUCUCGGGUGAGGCGCGCCCUCGACACUUUUUGUCAAUGUUCCUGUCCGAGGAAGCGUUGGAUGAUUACCUUGGUCUGAACCCUGUCCACCGUCAGCACUUGGGGCAUGAAUGUGGCGAGAUUUGUAACGAGCGGACGACCGAGACUUGUCGAGGAAACAACCCUCUCGAGUAUGCAGAGUUGUAUGAGCUAGAUAUGAUGAGAAGGAACAGUCGUGGACAAACAGAACAGGAACGGCUGCAGAUUCUCGAGGAACGCCUGUCUGAAUACCUCUACGAGGUCUACUUCAAGUACUUGUUGACGGAUCCCAAGCAGAGAAAGGUCAUCAUUUGCGAGUCGCCUUUGGCGCCCAUCGCUCUCAAGCAGACCAUUGCCAAAGUGCUUUUUGACAAGCUGCAGGUCCCAUCGGUCUCGUUUACACCAUCACAUCUCCUCGCAUUGUUGACUACAGGAACAGCAACAGGACUGGUCAUUGACUGUGGACAUUUGGAGACCUCUGUUCUUCCCAUCUACUCUUCACGCCCAAUGACACCGUUUAUCAGGACAACACCUCGGGCGGGCAAGUUCUUGUCGACUCACUUGAAACAACUCCUUCGCGACAAAUGCCCCAUCUCGUUGGUGGAAAACCCUACAGAUCUCCGAAUUAUACCCGAGGGCAUGCUGACAAGCGCGUUUCUGGAGACGAUCAAGACCCGGCUGCUGUUUGCUUCCCCCUUGAUCAUCAACGCAAGGGACAACAUUAACGAAGACGAGAUGAACAACAACUAUCGGGAUGUUUCGACCUCGACGGAGGUCCAGGUUGAUGUCUGGCUGGAGGAGGAGGGGGCCAGGGGUAUUCUGGCUAUCCCUGGGUGGAUCCGUGAGCGUGCGAGUGAGUGUCUGUUCAAUGGCGACGAGGAUGCGGAGAGUUUGACGGACGUGAUUCUGGAAUCGAUUUUGAAGGCGCCUUCGGAUCUUCGGCGACCUCUAAUUAGCUCCAUGUUGUUGAUUGGAGGCACCGCCCAGCUGCCCAACUUGCAGAACAGACUAUUCCAGGAAAUCAAGAGGUCGCUCCAGACCAAUCCUCGGUGGAAGCAAUUGUCAGGAUUGGCAGACUCUGUUCGGUUCCUGGACGACUUGACGACUGGCGACAAGUCUGCGACCCCAAGUCGAAGCCCCAGUCAUCAAUCGGUCAUGGAUCUCGACCCUGGAGCUACCUCAUUUGUGGGAUCUCCAACACUUGGCGGCUCUAGUAUGAGUCUUGACCCCUCUUCGGCCGCGUCGCGUGAAAAGGAUAGGAGAGCCAAGAAGAGUCAAGCCAAAAAGGCGUAUCAGAGCAGUGGAAAAGUGUUUAUGCCCAAUUGUCGUGCUUGGAUCGGUGGAUCCCUGGUGGGAUCGUUGAAGUCGUCGGGUCCAGAGAUUCUGAGGGUGAACUUUAAUGGGACGGUACCGGAUUGGUCGACGGCUGGUCUGACUGGCGCGUCGCCACUUUCGGGUGGUGCUGGAGGAAACAGUCAGCAUCAGGAUCCUACUGCCGCCACUGCCCUCGUCGCUUCCGCACUUGCCUACUCCUACUAG